AUGGAGGCGUCCGCAGCUCGAAGCGCGUCGCGAGACGCCUAUGUUGAUGAGAGUGUACCGGCAGCGUGCUGCAGCUCUUCUCCACUCGCAGUCCAGCUGGCGCCGUCCGUGCAGCACUACGAGUGGGGAAUGCCUGCAGCUUCCUCCUUAGUUGCGACGUUUGCAGCAGUGUCGAAGAGAGGAGAGCAGGCCGCCGCGAGCGGACAUGCUUGGGACGCGUUGUUGUCCGACAGCGGCGUCGCGCAAGGGUUGCGGCGGCGAGGCUCGGACUCCGCGCUGCCUCUCCAGGGCGAUAGAAGGCCAUUCGCAGAGCUGUGGAUGGGAGCGCAUGCCAGCGGGACGAACCGCGUGACUUGCUGCUUCAACGACCCCAAAGUGCUCCAGAGAAGAGAAGACUUGGCGGCGCGCUCCUACGCCCAGUCUCAUCCCGAGGUGGAGGCGAGCGAAGCCCCAGCCAGCAGUGGCAGUGAGGCCGAAAACACCCGCAGAGGGGUGAAGCGAAAGGGCAGCGGAGACCUCAGGUCUGUCUGCCUCAGGCGCUGGCUCAGUCGCGACCAGGGAGGCGCAUCGCCGACGCUCUCGCGAAGGGAUCGCUCGGAAUUUCCGCUCACCAGACGCCGCAGCCUGUCUGAGGCCUUCGUCGGAUGCCCGCUCCCGAUCUUCAUUUCAGCGAACCCGGAGUUUAUGGGAGGCCAGAAUAUGCUUCCGAUGCUUUUCAAAGUCCUCUCCGUCCAGAAGCCCCUCAGCAUUCAGUCUCACCCCGACAAACAGCUCGCGGAAAUCCUGCAUCGCCAACACCCCAACCACUUCCCCGACUCAAACCAUAAACCAGAACUUGCGAUCGCCGUUGGCCCUUUCGAGGCUCUUUGCGGCUUCCGCGCAGUUGAGGAAGUCGUGCUGUUCAUUCAACACACUCCCGAGCUGAAGGAGGCCGUGGGUGGCGACGUGUUUCUGCGCGACUCUGGAGGGGCUCUGCAGCUGCUCAGCAACUGGAGAAAAACAAACAUGAGGCAGUGGGGGGCAGCUGUGCAUGCAUCUGGAGGCAGCCACCAUGCCCAGCUGUCCCACCAGCGCAGCGAGCUUCUGAAAGCGCUUUUUUCAACGAUCAUGCGGCUGCCGAAAGAAACAGUCGCCGCCGCCCUGACAGCGAUGGCUGCGAGACUGUCGACGUCAGUAGAGCCAACGUUUGGAGCCUCGGAUCUGUCUGAGCGCGAGCGAGACUCGCUUCGAAUCGCCAACACUGUGGCAGUGCGCCUGUAUCAGGCGCACGGACUAGACGUGGGAGUCUUCGCUGCGUUUUACCUCAACUACGUUCGACUGAACAGCGGCGAGGGCGUCUUCAUCGGACCCAACAUUCCUCACUGCUACUUAUCAGGGCACUGCCUCGAGUGCAUGGCGAACUCGGAUAACGUGAUUCGCGGGGGCCUUACUCCGAAGCACACCGACAUUGAUCUCCUCUGCUCCACGCUGCGCUUUGACCUCCAGGCUACGGUCCAUCGCGUGGCCCCCGAGCCCGUGCCAGGCUUGAACGUAGAGGCAUCCUGGCAGGGGCGAGUCGCCGUCUACGAUCCUCAUGUGCAGGGACUCUCGGACUUUCGAGUCUACAAACUGAGCUUUGCGGACAGCCAACGCCUGGAUGACGGCGGCAGGAUCCUGCGGACUGCCCCGGGCUUGGCGCUCGUCCUUCAUGCGCCCUUUGCGGCGAAUCUGAACAUCCAGAGGGGGCCUGAGAACGCCGCGCUUCCGCUGCACUUUGGUCAAGUUCUGUUCCUCUCUGCAGGCGCCUCGCUUGCACUGGAAACGGCUGGGGGGGAGGAUGACGGGAAUGCGAACGUCGAGUUGCUGCCCCCCGCACCGGGCGCCCACGGUGCUGUAGAGGCGCAGGGAGGCUCGCAGAUCGCCCAGCUGCUCGCCGAGGAUGAGAAGGCGCAAUUUGUUGUUUUUCUUGUGACAUUUGGAAGUCACACGCAGGAUGAGGGGUUGAGCGGUCUCUAG